AUGGGUCUCAACUUCUCUAAUAUCCGGGCGCAACGAUACUCUCGUCCAGCUUCUUCCGUACUCGAUCACUGGCACACUGCAACAGGAUGGACGACUUCCAUGUUGAGCGAACUGUGUACCACAAGUUGUUCAAACUCUCUUAGUACUUUGGCUACUUCAGUCGAAGCAAACUGUGGUAAUGACGCGUUUGUGUUCAACAAUCAGAACACCACGUUCACUUCGCUCGUGGAACUAUACGGCUACAAGUUUGGCUUGCUAUGCCUAGCAGAUUCAUCAACAGGCGACUUCUGUAUUGAUGUAGAAGACUCCUGGGACAUCGGAGCACUCGUGGCCGCCGGCACAGCAACUUGGCCACUUUAUACUAAUAAGACAUAUCCAAAUUUCGAGAACCCGGACUGGGAACCUGACGAUGACCCAUGGUUCGACGACUCCUACGGGAAUUCCACUUCGGAUUUCUACACCGACUUGCCACUUACUCCGAAUGACUAUUUCAUAGGCAGUAGCGUUGAAGCAUUUGCUGAUUGUAGCUAUGGCUGGUGUGAGACUUUGGACUACGAUGAGCAUCCUCUCGAGAUCCAGUGUUCAUCAUGCAUGCUAGAGCGGAUCAAUGAGAUGACGAUGCAGGUCUGGGCCAACAUACAAAAGAACUGCGAGAUCACCGACGAACUAGUCCCCGCCGUAAAUAUGACUGGAGUCGGCUCCGGCUCGAACUUUACGUAUGUGGCCACGGAUUACACGAAUUGCAGCCAAGUCAUCGAACUCCCUACCUACAUUGCAGGCGACAACUACAUCACAUGCAACAAUCUCUCUGUCCAAGACUCUAUCCCAUCAGCUUCACUCCUAGCGCUAAACAAUGCAUACAAUUGCGCCGCCUUAUCUGGAUCUUUCUGUGCCCCUCAAUACUGCAAUAUCACAGUCAACACCGUCCGUCAGAACUUGAAGGAGUUUGCGUCUGCAUAUACAAAUUUGACGACCACCCAACUCCUGCACUGGAACCCGUUCAUGAUGAGUUUCUGGAUCGAAGUAGGAGAGACGGUCUGUGUUGGUCCGCCUGGUGGCGCCUAUGUAGCCCCCUCAGCAACAGUAGUAGUGCCAAGUGUAUACACCACUACAGCCAUGCCAGCUGAUCCUACAGUCGCGGGAACGAUAGCAAACUGCGGACUUUACUAUAAUGUGACAGAAGGAGACACUUGCGACGUCGUGACCCUAAGAUUCUCACUCACAUUUUCGGACUUCGUAGCCAUGAAUCCGAGUAUCGACACAGGUUGCACGAACCUGCUUUAUGGGGUAGAUUAUUCGGCUCCCACAGGAUCGACAGCUAUGGCGACUUCAAGUUCGACAUCUAAGCAGACUUCUUCUUCCUCAACGACGAUAACUGCGACUUCGACAGGAGUUACUGCUCCUGGACCUACACAGGCUGGUAUCAUCAGCACUUGUAACAAAUUCGCAGAAUCCAUCUCGGGCCUUGGAUGCUAUGAUUUCGCGGUAGCAGAAGGCAUUACUCCCGCCCAGUUGUACGCGUGGAAUACUAUUCUAGGUGUAGAUGGUGCUGAUUGCGGGGCCGAACUAUGGGCGGACGAGUAUUAUUGCGUAGGAGUCUCGGGGUCGAGCACACCAACAUCGACAUCGUCAACAGUUGCGUCAACGACAACGUCGGUCACUGCAGCUGGUCCUACGCAAUCCGGGAUUAUCAGUACUUGUAACAAGUUUGCGGAGUCCAUUUCUGGUCUUGGGUGUUAUGACUUCGCGGUCGCGGAGGGCAUCACACCGGCGCAGUUGUAUACGUGGAACACGAUUCUGGGAGUUGAUGGCGCGGACUGUGGUGCUGAGCUUUGGGCGGAUGAGUGGUAUUGUGUCGGGGUAUCUAGUUGA